AUGAGCAUCAAAGCGUCUCCCAGCUUGAAUGCUUCUGCUCCUGCCGCUGUGUCUCACCCUGGCCCUGCUGGUUCAGCUGCUCCCGGCGGACCUGGUGGGCCUAUGGUUCAUGCCCCUAACCCCGACAGAGCGUUGCGCAUCGCGCGAAACCAUGCGUACGCCCACCAGAUCUGGUGGCUCAUUGCGAGCUUCAUUGCGCUCAUCAUCAUUUUCCAAUUUCUGUCCUGGGCCGUGUCGAAGUGUUACUCGAGGAAUACCCCCAAGGGGAAGAAGCCCGCCGACGCGGAAGCAGGCGCCUCUCCCAUCCCCUCUCCUCGCCGGUUCUCACUACGCAACAUCCCUACGGCGAUAAUCAACCUUUACCGUGUUGUUGCUUUCCGCUGGACGCUCGAAAUUGGCCAGUCUUACACGCUCAACUUCGCGGAGGUGUUCAUUACUGUUGCCUACAUCGUCGCCCUCUUCACUUGGGAGUUCGUCAACACGACCGAUACGCAAGGACAGAAGCUCGAUAUCAGCUACUGGGGCAGCCGCGCUGGUUCGCUGGCAGUAAUCCAAACCCCCCUCAUCACCGCGUUAGGAACAAAGAACAACGUCAUUUCUUACAUCACUGGCAUCAGCUAUGAUAAGCUCAACUACAUUCAUCGUAUGACGGCUCGGGUCGUUUUUGUGCUACUCUGGGUACACGGAGGAGCCAAGCUUUCCCAUUCCGUCCCUGAAGAAUUUGAUGAAUGGUUCAUCCGCAUUGGUCUCACCGCCAUCAUCGCUUUCAGUAUCCUUAUUCUUGUCUCCCUCCGUCCAAUUCGGGCGGAAGCCUACGAGGUGUUCUACUUCACACACUUCUUCAUGGUGCUGUACGUGAUCUUCCUUCUCGGCGGUUAUUUCCACGCAAAGAAGGUUGACUUUGCCACCUAUGUGUGGCCAUCGUUCCUCAUAUGGGCUCUCGACCGCUUCAUCCGGGUCGCUCGCGUCGUCUAUUACAACCACCUCUACUUCGGCUUCAGCUCAAAGUCGGACCGCCUCGAUGCCUCGGUCGAGCUUCUGUCGCCGCACUUCGUCCGCCUGCACAUCAGCCGCCCGCCGCACUUCAAUUGGACGCCCGGUCAGACUGCGUUCCUAGUUAUGCCUACCGUCUCCGGAAACCCACUCGAGGCCCAUCCGUUCACCAUUGCCUCGGUUGACUCCCACUAUCAACUGACGACGGCUGAAAAGCCCGAUCUCGAGAAGAAGGCAUCCUCCGAUGCCGUAGACAUCGCGCCGUACUGGAAGGAGCUCGUAUUUCUGAUCAACGUUCGGGAGGGCUUCACUAAGCGCCUCGCCGCCAUCGCGCAGAAGGGUGAGAAGGUCAAGGUGCUCAUCGACGGCCCGUACGGCUUCUCGCCGAACUUGGACAAUGACGAUAUCGUCGUUUUCGUCGCCGGUGGCUCUGGCGUAACCUUCACGCUGUCGACCUUCCUUGGUGUUCUGAGCCACGUGCAGAACAAGAAGAGCAAGUGCCGCCGCAUCGUCUGGGUUUGGACUAUCCGCGAAGCCGACCACAUCGAGUGGGUGUCGAAGGCCCUCAGUAAAGCGCUUGAGCUCGCACCCAGCGACCUGGAGAUCUCCAUCCGCAUCUAUGUCACUGGUCGAAGCGCAUCCAAUGAGACUGUGCUCCGCCAGGUCAAGUCAUGGAACGAAGACGACUCUAUUCACUCUUCCGAGGGUACCACGGUCGGCAAGAGCCGUCCGCCUUCCCUCCUCAACUUCCCGGCUGUUCAGGUCAAUCAAGGCCGCCCAGACAUCCCAGCAUUGUUGCACGACGAAGUUGACGCUACUACAGGCCGCAUCUCUGUGACAGUAUGUGGAUCUCAGGGCAUCGCGCGUGCGUGCCGUAAGGCCUUGCGUGUCCCGAUCUCGACCGGCCUGAACGGCGGUCCGAGUGUUGUACUCCACGUUGAGUCGUUCGGAUACGCGUAG